AUGAAAAAAAAUAAAGAGGGUGCUGAUAGACGAGGAAAAAUCGAAAAGAAAUAUAUUUCGGAUAUGCUUAAAGAAAACGAAUGUGAAACGUUGGAAGAAUUGAAAAAUUUAAUAACAUUUUUGAAUGCUGAAAAUAAAAGGCUACAUUCAGUGAACAUAGAAUCACUGAAAAAGAUUAGCAUUUUAACCGUCAGAGCAAAGAAUUUAGAAAGUUUAACAAAAAAUUAUGAUAAGUUUUAUCAGAAUGGAAAAUCCUACAGGAAUAAGUUAGAAGAGUUGAACCGAAAAGUAAAUGAACUCAUGAGUUACACAAAGGACAAAGAAAAUGAAUACAAAGAAGUAGUAGGAGAACAAGAUAAAUACUUUAAAAACUUCUUCACAAAUUUAAAUAAAAUCACCGAAGCAAUUGCUUCAUGCAAAUUGGAUAGCAUUAAAGGCGAGGAAAGAAGUUCCUCUCCCGAUGUUGGUGAUCUAUUUGAUAGUGAAAUGUAUCGUCACAAGGGGUAUCCCAAAAUUUCCUUUUCGGUUAAUACAUCUGACAAGGGAGAUGAUGAAGCUGGCAAUGAUGAUGAAGCUGGCAAUGAUGAUGAAGCUGGCAAUGAUGAUGAAGCUGGCAAUGAUGAUGAAGCUGGCAAUGAUGAUGAAGCUGGCAAUGAUGAUGAAGCUGGUAAUGAUGAUGAAGCUGGCAAUAAUGAUGGUGGCUCUUAUACCAAUUGGGGAGAAGAAUAUAUGCAAAGCGCGAGGAAGGAAGAAAGGCAGCUACACACAAAAGAGUAUACUUACCUAAGAGCAACAAGGGAACGUUUAAAUAAUAAGAAAAAUACACAAAGUGAGCCACAUUUCCAACCUGAUAUAUCACCCUUUAAUGAAUCACGAAUAAAAAAUGAACAAUAUUUAUGCAAUGAAAAAAUUGAAAAAAUAAAAAGUUUAUGUGAAUCCUUCAAAAAUAUAGAUAAUGAAUCCUUAAAUUCGGGGAAUUCUUCCAACAUAAGUAAACAAAAUGACAAUUUCAACAUUUCAUCAAGACAAAAAAAAAAGAAAAAAAAAAAAGCAUUAAACAUUCAUCAGAACAAUUCAUUCCAUUCAGCAUCUGAAAGUGAAAAUAUCAAAGAGUGCGACAUGAAAAAUAAGGACGAUAUCAAAUUCGUUCUUAAUGCAAAAAAGUGGGAUGGAAAAAUAGGUGAAAAUGUUAUGCUAAACAACAAAAAAAAAGGAAUAAAAUUGGAAACACACAAAGGGGUGGACAAUAUUGUAAACUGUAAUACGGACAUAAAACAAAGAUUAACGAAUUUGAUAGAAGGUAUAAAUAGUAGUAAGGGGAAAAAAAAAAACCAUAACAUAUCUGCAAAGAAUAUUUCCAGUAAUAUUACUAGUGCUCAUAACAACAUAAUGGAAAUUUUAAACAAUAGAAUAAAUAAUACCUCCUUUGAGCACAUAGAAAAUAGUAGUGCUCCAAAGUAUGUAAAGUAUAACACUAUACAUAGAGAAAUUAUGAACCCGCGUGAACAUUUUGUUAAUCAGAACAAGAAUUCAGUAGAUCACAUUAUUUGCUUAUAA